AAAAAAGCUGCAUAUGCCUCCACCUAGCAGGCAGAGAGUGUGGGUCUGUGAAGAAGGUGUGACCAAAAUCAGUCCUACAAAAUGCCCAAAGGAGAUCGCCAAACAGAUGGCAUCUUCAGCAGAGGAAAGCAAUAUACUUAUCUUGCAGCAGAAGAGGCUGCAGGUAUUGGAAUCCUUGUUGUGGUUCUUGCUGUUUUACUGAUCAUUGGCUGCUGGUAUUACAAAAGGCGAUGUGGCUAUAAAAACCUCCAGAGUAAAAGCUCACAUGCUGGCACUAUGAGAAGGGUGGCAGGUGAAGAUGCCCCACUGGAUUGCAAAGCACUUUUACAGGAGUACAGCAACUUUAAUUCUGUGCAGGUCACCAUGAGCGACAUCACCCUCAUGAGGAUCUCUGACAGCGAGAAAGAGAGAAUGCUUCGGGAAAGCCUCCAAAGACCAGGGCCGUAUGCCGCCCUGCUGUGCAGAGCAAUGAUUCCCAAGUACUUGAUUGUCUCGUGGCGCGGCAACGUGUCAUACUACGGAGGACCCAAUAAGGCCGCUCUCCCCAGGAACCUGAUGCAACGGCUUUCCAAUUACCUCCAGGAGAGCUUCAUCGAGAUGUCCCAGGAGGAUUUCUGCUCUAUCCCCGGACAUAUAGACCGCAUUUUACUCUAGCUGCACUAGCAGUGACUAAACAGUAGAGUGGCUUGGGCAGAACAAUCAUGCAAAACCGGACAUUGUUAGAUUUUUUUUCAAUAGUUGCACUGCCCAGGACUGAACCGUUAAGCGCCUAGGGCAAACUAAUCAUGAGAAACCCAUUUUUGUUAUUGUUAAUAUUCCUGUUCUGUUAAAAAUAAAUGUUUAGAUGUUUACAACACUUACUGGCUGAUCCUUCCCCAGAUUCUGUGUCCGGGUUAAUGGCUGGGGACGGUUGGUAGGGGAUCUCUGUAAGGGUG